AUGUUCAAUGCUGCCUUUAGCUCCAUGAUAAUUGGAGAUGAUGAUACGGCAGAAGCUAUGCGUCAUCUCAGUCGCACAUUUCAAUUGGUCAACAAGAAGUUAUCCGGGAGCGAGGCUACUGCAGAUACAACUUUUGCUUCUAUAGUGGCAAUGACUCAGUAUGAGCGAUUGAAAGGAAAUUACAAAAAGGGUCUGAUACAUUUGGAUGGCCUCGAGCGCUUGACCAACAUGCGCGGUGGCAUCGGUCAACUUUCUCAAAGACAGCCCGCCUUGGCCAAGAAGAUCUUCAGGGCUGAUUUGGAAUUUGCUCUUCACCUUGGCACGCCGACGCGGUUUCAUUAUACACUAUUGCGAAAUGAGCGCGUCGAGCUUUUACUGGACAUGUCCACGGCGCAAGAAACAGCGCAAAAUUCUAGGAUUUCACCAUUCGACCGUGUGCUCCCCGACCUGCAGGAAGUUCUUCAGUACAUUCAAACAUUCGCAACACUCAUUAAUACACAUACCCACAGUCCUGCCAUGAUAGAUGGAAACGCAUUCCACGAUGUACUCAAUUUUCUCGGAUACCGGCUUAUUGCUAUCAAUACUCUUGGCUCCCCACCUUUGCAAGAUGACAUGAGCAACGUGCUGCUUUUGGGCCUGUAUUGUUUUGUCAUAACCUUUCUGGCUGGUCUGAACCGGAAAAUCCCACCUCUGCCGCUUCUCGGUGAAAGAAUCAAGACGGCUGCAGACAAGCAUCAUAGUUCCUCAGUCAACUGUCAUGAGGUACUCAUUUGGACUCUACUCAUAAGUCGGACAGCGGUUUUGUGUCCAGCAGACGAUACUUGGAUACUGCCAAAGGUACACGAGAGCAUUCAAUUCCUAGGCAUACGUGACUCUAAUGAACUACAAACUCGACUCUCGAAACUUCCCUGGAUUGGAGUCCUGCACGAUACCAUUUGCAAGCGACUUUAUACAACAGUAUCACAACGAUUUCUCAUGCCUCCUCUCUUGGGUAUAUAA